AUGCUCUUUGUCCCAGAAGCCCAUUGUGUACAGCGAAGGAAACCCUGUGCCGUGAGCAGCCAUCUUGGAUAGACAGAUCAUACUUGAGCCAGGAUAACCUGCAUUCCUCUUCUGAACAGCUCAAGAACACAAAGCUCAAAAGACUUAAUUUCUGAGCCACAAUGGCCACUGCACCAUACAACUACUCCUACAUUUUCAAAUACAUCAUUAUCGGGGACAUGGGGGUAGGGAAGUCAUGUUUGCUUCACCAGUUCACAGAAAAGAAAUUCAUGGCGGAUUGCCCCCAUACGAUUGGCGUGGAGUUUGGUACAAGGAUAAUUGAAGUGAGCGGCCAGAAGAUCAAGUUGCAGAUUUGGGACACAGCGGGACAAGAACGCUUCAGGGCCGUCACCCGCUCCUACUACCGCGGAGCUGCAGGGGCGCUCAUGGUCUACGACAUCACCAGGAGAAGCACGUACAACCACCUCAGCAGCUGGCUGACUGACGCCAGAAAUCUCACCAACCCUAAUACUGUGAUCAUUCUCAUAGGAAACAAAGCGGACCUGGAGGCCCAAAGGGACGUCACGUAUGAGGAAGCAAAGCAGUUUGCUGAGGAGAACGGUCUGUUGUUUCUGGAAGCCAGUGCAAAAACAGGAGAAAACGUUGAGGACGCCUUCCUGGAGGCUGCUAAGAAGAUCUACCAGAACAUCCAAGAUGGAAGCCUGGACCUAAAUGCCGCCGAGUCGGGGGUCCAGCACAAGCCCUCGGCCCCUCAGGGUGGCCGGCUAACCAGCGAACCACAGCCCCAGAGGGAAGGCUGCGGAUGCUAAUGACCAAGCAAAACCCCAUCAUCCUCCCUUCCUCUCUCUCUCUCUCCGUCUGUCCUGCCUGCCCUCCCUGCCCUCCCUCAAUCAUCCCCCCCUCCAUUCAUUCCUCCACCUCCGUACGUGCAUCCACCCUCCUCCCUCACUGCACCACGAGCUGCAUGAGAGCAGGGCUGCGGAGUGAAGGAACGAGGGAUGGAUAUCGAUUUGAGCUGGGCUGUGUGGACUACAUCUCUCCUCCUCCUCGCCUCCUCUCUGUCUCCCUCCGUUGCCGUCUCACUCCUCUUCUCUAAAAAUCUGUCAGUGUGUUGUCGUCUCAUAACUCUCCUCUUGCACCAUUCAGUCUAAUUCCCCCCCCCCCCCCCCCCCCCCCCGUCAUAGUAUGGUAGACGCCUUCCACGCAUUACACGAGUUACUGACACUUUAGAUAGAUGUAACGUUCAUACGAUAAUGAUAAACCGAGACUGUUUUUUACGUUUGGUUUUAUAGCGAUAUAUGACAUGUAAACACUGCAUUAAGUUUAAUCCACCACUGGUCAGUUCUGUAUGAUCGGAUCUAAAUUAUAUUCUCAAACACAUGACUCUCCUGCAUGGUUUACCAAUCGAGCAUUUUACAGAGACAUGCGUGUGUGAUAUCUCACUCAUUCAUCUUUGAGGGAUCAGGCAAUGAAGGAGUGUAUCAUGCAGCCACACAGGUAGAGGCUUCUAAGUGUGUGUCAAAGAAUGUGUAGCCGAGAGAGCACUUUCAGCAGGGUUCAGACCUGCUUAUGUCUUUUUUUUAAAGAUUUUUUUGCUGCUCGGCAUGAAGAGAGUUCCUUUGGCAGAUGUGGCAACACUAAUGUUCUCAGGAGAGAGAGGGGGGAAAUAAUUUAGAAAACCAGGAAUUACCCACAAAUUCCUUGUAAGUAAUUCCUCAGUCUCUCCUCUGAGAUAUCACAGAAGGAAUUGUGGGUGUUUUCCAGCUCGUCUGUGUUAGUGAGUGUCUGUUAGGAAGUCGGAUGGGAGUUCCAUUUGACAAAAAAAAAAAAAACUUGGCUUUUCGGUUUUUGAUAGAAAUAUUCAUUCACAUUGGUUUCUUUGCACCAGAUCUCCCUCUCCUCACCCGUCCGACCCCAAAACUCUCCCCCAGGUCAUAUCAACAGAUUCUGUCUUUACCAGCAUUUUCUUUGUCAUUGUUUGUUGCCUUAUUAUAAUUAAUGUUAUUACUCUUUAAUCUUUAUUAUUGUAUCGCUGCACUUGCUCUUCACACUGCUGUUGGACUCACCCCGAGUCAAUAAAUCAAAUCUUUUUUUAGACUAAACAUUUUACUGGAGAAUAACAUUGCAAGUGGUGGCUCACAUUGUAAAAAAAAAAAAAAAAAAAAUCUCAAAGAAUCAGCAGCAUGGUCAUAAAACUGUCAAAACUCCUUUAUCUCAAUGCUGCACUGAUCUGAUCAUUUGGGCAGUUGUUCCUCUGCCUUGUAUAAUACAACACCAAGCAGCAUGCCCCCCCCCCCCCAAAAUACCAUGAGAUUGUCAGAAAUCCAAUUAUGUUUUUGUUAAUUUUUCAAGUAAAAACAAUUUCUGUACCAUAGAUUCCCUGAUUGGACAGCUGUAUAUAUUGCUUCUUAACUAUCGGUGAUGACCUCGCUACUUGGGAUUUAGACAUUUAUUUGCUGGCUCUGCCAAGAUCUGUACAGUUGAUGUGCUAGUGGGUUGCCUGUAAUUCAUGCUUGGGAAAUUCUGUAACAUAGUUUCUAUUAAUAAAUGUAUGUAAAGGACAGACACCUAGACACCCCCCAGAUCUCCCCCCCCCCACCACCACCACCCCCCCCGUCUGCACACUACUGAACCUGUCGAUUGGUUAAGGGGAGAGGAAGUGGAUCGAUAUGAUGUGAAAACUAGUAUUUAUGUCUGCAAACUCUGAUUCCUCUCAUUUCUAUAUGGAGUGGAGAAUGGGGCACUUUUGUUUAUAUUGUUUUCUCUUUCUACCCCAUCAUCGCUACUCAACGUGGGAGGGGUCUGCAUCGCUGUCUUAACUUUUGGGGAGUGGGGAUUGGUUUGUUAUUGUGGGAAGUUGGUGGGCUGGGGUCUUCCUUUUUUCCCUGUGUCCCACCUCUUUUGCAGUCUGAGUGACCACUUCCUGCUUUUGUCUGUCCACAAGUACAAAAAAAAAGUACAUAUGUAUAAAUUUUUAAGGAGCUGUGCUAACAUUUAAAUGCGUUGAGUGUAUAUGAUUUUAAAAUGUUGACAUUUUGAUUUUAAUGACAAAAUACUCUAGACAGAAAAAAUAAAUUAUACAUAACCUGU